AUGACGAAAUAUAGUCUUAUUUUUUCUUUGCUUUUAAUUUGUUGUUUUGGAAAGAAAACUAUAUAUGAUAGAUUACAUGGUACUCAUAUUGAAGAAGAAUUUGAUAAUGAAGUUAUUACAGAGAUUACAAUGUAUGAUGAGGAAGAUCCUAAAUUAAAAUAUGAAAAAAUGAUGAAUACAUUUAUGAAAUUAAGUAUAUAAUUUAUUAUUCUAUAUAGAUGAGACAUAAGUUAUUGGUUGUAGAAAAACAGAUCAUCAUGAAUUUUUUGGAAUGUUUUUUUAGAAUGCUGGAAGAAUAGGAAAUGGAGGUUAAAAUAAUAUUAGAUUAAUCAAAUAUGAGGAUGAUUGUUAUGAAUCUAUGAGAGUAUCAUAUGAAACUAAUGAAGCAGAAAAGUAUAUUCAAUAUAAUAUUUUUUAUUUUAGUCGAGUUUGUGUUACAUUCACUCCAGGAAAAUAUAAAAAUAGUUAACAAUGUUCUGAAUUUUAUUUGAUUGGUACAACUUUGAAUUACAACAUUGUUAAUAUUAAAGAUUGUAAAUAUUAUUUAUAUAUAUUAUUUUAGAAAAAGAACAUAGAGUCUAUUUUAAUUUUAGAAAUCAAAAAUAAAUUGAAGCUUUCAAAUAUUCUGGUGCAUAUAUAUUUAGAACUUGUGAUUAUUUAGAAAAUUGGUUUGGUGAUCUUCUAAUGACAUUAGAAUUAUUCUUUGGUGGAUUUUCUAGUAAUCCUUAUUUAGGUCCAAUAUUUGGAAGGUACAAUUAUAUAAAAAUAUUAGUCAUCCUCCUGAUUGGAUGGUAAGAUCAAAUAUAGAAUUAAUAGAAAGAGCAACUGGUUAUAGAUGGUAAGAAAGACCUGAUGUUGUUGUUGAUUUAAAGGCAGAUGAAGUAAAUAAUGGAGAUUUUCUAGCAGUCACUAGAUUUGAUGGAUUAGAUUAAAUUAUAGAAUGGGGAACUGGAGGUAGAAUUGGACAUAGUGCUAUGAUAUUUGAAAUUGAUGGUGAAAAAUAUGUAAUUGAAUCAUAAGAUGCUUGGUAUUGGCCAACAAAAAGAAUACAAAAAACUAAAUGGGAAGAUUGGAAAGUAUAUGCUAAAAAUGCUGGAUUUAAUGUUGCUGUUUUACCAUUGAGUCCAGAAAAAAGAGCAUAAUGGAAUUAAGAAGCAGCUAUGGAAUAUUGGAAAAAAAUGGAAGGAUAACCAUAUGGAUAUCAUACAUUUUUAUUUGGUUGGAUUGAUACACCAAAAGAUAAUUAUCCAAAAGCAUUAAGUGCUGAAUUUGCCACUUAUUUGUUCUCUUUCAUUGAAAAAAUAGCACCUGGACCAAUCACUUCUUUAGUAGGAGAAGCCUUAAAUAAAAGAUUAGGCACAGAAGGUUUAUCAGUAUCAGAAAUUGCAAUAGAAGCUGCAAAAUAAGGAAUAGAAUUGGUAGAAAAAACUAUAUAUAUAUAUAUUUUAGGGUGAUUUAUAUGCUAUGGUUGAAAAAGAUGAAUGGGUAUAUAGUGAUGGUCCAAGUCAAGCAUGUGCUGCCUUUGUAACUGCCAUGUACAAAGCUGCUGGAUUAUUCCAACCCUUCCAUAUUGAGGCACUUGAGUAAUAAUCAUAUAAUUAAUUUAGGUUUACACCAAAAGAUAUUUAUCAAUUGAAAUUCUUUGAUUCUAAUUAUGUAGUUCCAGAAAAAUGCAAAAAGAAUGAUCCAGAUCUUCCUUAUUGUUAAUUAAUGGGAACUCACAGAAUUGAAUUAGAAUGGUAUAAUACAGUUGAACCAUAUGAAAAUAUGAAUGAAAGAUGUCCAAGUAUUCCUCCUGAAUACAUAAGACCUGAUGGUUGUUGAU